AUAUACAUACACAUGCAUACAUACAUGCAACUAAUCUCCUUUUUUAUAAAUAAAUUGCAAUACUCAAUUCUGCUGCGCUGUUUAUUACAUUGAGUAUUACUUGGACUGAGAAUGGGAAUGAAAUAAUGAGUGCAGUGACACUGGAUGUGAAGAGAGCGACCGCCUCUUCUAUCCACGAGUCCCACUAUUCCUCCUCUUCGCCUUCCAAGUUGCAGUCGGGUGACCUGACUCGGCUGAACCUCCCAACUGGUGGCGCAUCUCUUUCUCGAAUAGGAACAGCCUCUGCCAGUGUCGACCAGAGCUCACUUUCCGCCUCUCAUCUGAAUGGAAAUGUGGAUGAGAAAUCAAAAUUGGACGUGGACCUGGAGGACUAUUUUUGUGUGGCCAUUUCUGACCAGUUGAGGGCCAACUACUUCGGCAAAGAUGUCUCCACCCAGAUAGACCAGGCGGGACACAUCGUGCAGCUGAAACGGGUGGAGUGUCACGUGACUGAUCUGGGCAGACAGCUGCAGCAGUGGAAGCGGGACCUCCUGCUGGCCAGGGAGGGACUGAUUGCGGCUUACGAGGCAGAAGUCAGCAGCCAGGCUCAGAAAAUAGUUCGUGGGAUGGAGAUGCGGGUGGGGGAGUUGGAGCAGUUGCAUGUUGAGCGGAUGGAGACGCUUCGGAGGAGUUACAGACAGCAGCUGAGUGAUGCACUGGCCACUGCAUACCACACUUCCACCACACAGAAGGCCGGAGGAACACUGAACACCAAACAGCUGAGAAACCCGGACGAUGUCGUGAAGAUCAUGCGUCUGGAGCAGGCGACUACGAGACUACAGGCGAAUAACCACCUGCUGAACACUCGUCUGGAAGACACGAACAACAUGAUUGAGGAGUUGCGGAGGAAAAAUGAGUUGAUGGAAAUGGGGUUGGCGAAGGAGAAGAAGAAGAGUUCGGAGUUCGAGGCCAUCAGACUUGCGGCUGAGAGUGGGUCGGCUAACAAACGACAGGUGCGCUCGAGGAGGAAGAAGAGCUCGGCUGCUGCAGCUAUGUCUAGUAUUAGGAGGGAUGGUAGUAGGCAAGGCAAAGGGGGAGGUGGUCGCUCCUCAAAAAGUGGUAGAAAGGGAAAGGGGACGGGAAAAGGAGGAAGGCCUCGGAUGGAAUCCCAGAUAGAGAUAGAGGACAAUGUGUCUGAUGCGGACAAUGAAAGCAUUGAAGAGGAAGCAGAAGAAGAAGAAGAGUUAGAUGGAAGAGACCAGGAGGUGCCGCGGGAAGGGUCAAGAGACAUGGAGUUAGGCGUGAACAGGUUGGACGACAGUGGAGUGGCUGCAGAUACACACAGUACUGAUGUCAUGUUGGCUGAACAAAGGCUUCAGGAGAUUAAAGACAAAGACACGGAAAUAUUCAAUAUGAAAAGAGAGAAUGCGACAUUGAGUAGUAAGAUCCACUGGCUUGAGGAGCGCCUGAAGAACUCAACGGAGAGCAGCAAUUUAGCCACAGAGACUCUGAAUGAGCUGAAUGGGAAGUAUAAGUUGCAGUGUAAGAAGUUAAAUCAGAGGGAGAAGGAGGUAGAGAGGCUGAAGAGUGUGAUCGAGGAAGAGAGAAAUGAGAAGCAGAUGGAGAUGGGGAUGAUGAAGGAGGAGUUGGAAGCGCAGAGGAUAAGGGAAGUAGAGGCACUGCAGAAUGAAUUGAAUGCGUUUCUGUCUGACAGAACCCAGUUGAGCAAAGAUGAAGUGACGAAGCUGAUGAAGGGAAGAGCGGAGAUGGAGAAGGAAUUGAGGCGGGAGAAGUUGGAGAAGAGGAAGGAGGCACAGGUGUUGCUACAUCAGCAGGUGAAACUGAAGAAACAAGUGAGUCUGCUCAACCAGGACUUGAAAGACAACGACAGAAUGUGGUCAAAGAAGUUCAAUGCAUUGCAGCAUAGUUACCACGCCAUUAGAGAGGAGUACCAUUUAAGGGAGACUCUUCGACGCCAGUUCAAGGCCACCCAGAAGCUGGACUUGGUCCGCAACGGAUCCUCCAACAUGAGCAAGAGUGUCAUCCAGAAUCCUCCUAUCAUUGCAACUUCUAAUACAGGCAGUCUGACUCUUUUAAACAGCGCCCAUUCUGGAGUGAGUAGCGUGGACGAGGUGUAUUCGGGAGAUGUGAAGCGAUUUAUGAAAACAAAUAAUUUAACAGCAGCUAAUAACAGCGGAAUGGUGGAUGAUUACUCGGACGAAGAACUGCACGCAGAGUACAGCUACUUGUCUCUGAUCAGAGAAGUAGCAGAACCCUCUGAUGUUUCUUCUCGUGGUGCUGCACGCUCUGAACAGAAGCCACGUGACCCAGGAGGGCCUAGAAGCAACAACCAGGACAGGAUGAGAUUCGAAAAUGGGGACGACGUGGAAGGUUUGCCCAGCGGGGGUGCAAUGGGAGUUGUUUCUUUAGUGGAGAGUAGUUAUGUAACGGGGGCUACUUGUUCCACUGAUGCUUUCAAAAUGGAUGCUAACUUGGAACAAGUUGUGACAGAGGAGAGCGUGCUGGAUACUGCGGAAAGCGUGAACGUGAGCGACGAUGAGUGACAGUGUGAUGUCAUGUUCGAAAACCUCGAAGAGUGUCCAAUCAGCGACGCUGCAUGCUUAUUUGUUUCAUUUAAAUUCUCCAUUGAAGCUUAAAUA